AUGGAGCGAACACGGGUUGCUAAGGUUGACAAUGUGACCUUGGCUCGCCGUGGUGAGCAGGUCGACGGCGCCCUUCACCUCACCCCACAUCACCUCAUCUUCUCUCACGUCCCCCAGGUUUCCAGCGAGGAUCAAGCCAGGGGGGUGGUAAUCAGACCGAAGGAGCUUUGGAUUACCUACCCCAUAAUCUCAUUUUGUACACUGCGACCGGCUCCCGCGGCCUCCCGCCAGCUCUCCUCCAUCCGCCUGCGCUGUCGAGACUUUUCAUUUGUCUGUUUCUACUUCACCAGCGAAAACAAGGCCCGCGAGGUUUAUGAUAGUAUUAAGCAGUGGACCUGUAAAUCUGGCCGCCUUGACAAACUAUACGCCUUCUCCUACCAGCCGCCCCCUCCGGAGAAGGAACUCAACGGGUGGGACUUGUAUGACCCGCGGAAGGAGUGGGCACGUCAAGGAAUCCACAAGGAAAACUCCGGAUGGCGUGUAUCCGAAGUUAAUACCAGCUAUGAGUUCUCCCCAACGUACCCAGCACUGAUCCCCGUGCCCUCGGCCAUUUCCGACAACACCAUCAACUAUGCAGGACGCUAUCGUUCCAGGGCGCGCAUUCCAGCCUUGACCUACCUCCACCCAGUCAAUAAUUGUAGCAUCACCAGAAGCUCGCAACCCUUGGUUGGUGUCCGCCAGAACCGCAGUAUUCAGGAUGAAAAGUUGCUGGCUGCUAUUUUCUCGACUUCUCGUUCGGACCGACCGUUGGCUGGUUUUGCUCAGGCUAGCAUAGAGAGGGAGGCAUCUGAAUCAAGCCAAGAAAGCGCAGAGACUUCACAAAGUGACCCGGACAUGUCCAAUGCCGAGGAAAUAGAGGAUGAUAUGCUAGCUGCUUCCCGGGGAGAUCCCGAAGAGCAGCGCGCGAUAUACGGCGCUCAGCAGUCGAACCUCAUUGUUGAUGCGCGCCCGACGGUCAAUGCAUUUGCCAUGCAAGCAGUUGGCCUUGGUUCGGAGAACAUGGACAACUAUAAAUUUGCUACUAAGGCAUACCUGGGAAUUGAUAACAUCCACGUCAUGCGCGAUUCCCUGAACAAAGUCAUUGAAGCCCUUAAAGAGACAGAUGUCACUCCUCUGGGGCCGAAUCGGGAUCUGCUAGCCCGGAGUGGGUGGUUGAAACACAUCGGGGGGGAUCUUGGAAGGGGCUGGGUCGGCCUGACACACUCCCACGUUCUGAUUCACUGCUCUGAUGGCUGGGACCGGACCAGUCAGCUCAGCGCCUUGAGUCAAAUCUGUCUGGAUCCGUACUUUCGCACCAUGGAGGGCUUCAUGGUUCUCGUGGAAAAAGAUUGGCUGUCGUUUGGGCACAUGUUCCGACAUCGCUCUGGUCAUUUGAAUAGUGAAAAAUGGUUCCAGAUUGAGAACGAACGUAUCGGGGGAGAUGCCAAUCGCGGAUUUGGGGAAAGUGGUGGCGCAGGAAAGGCAAUUGAGAAUGCGUUCCUCAGUGCCAAGGGCUUCUUUGGUCGGGACAACAAUAGCAAAGACUCAUUGCCUGACUCAGACGGAGAGCUCCAGAGCUAUGAGUCUGACAGUCCUGCUGCUAAGAAGCCCAGCUCAUCGCCUCGGUCUGCUGUUUCCGAAAAGGAGAUCACAAAGGUGAAGGAGACCAGCCCUGUGUUCCACCAAUUCUUGGAUGCCACCUACCAGCUCCUGUACCAGCAUCCCACCCGCUUCGAAUUUAACGAGCGUUUCCUUCGACGACUGCUUUAUCAUCUCUAUGCGUGCCAGUUCGGAACGUUUCUCUUCAACAAUGAGAAAGAACGGGUGGAUACUCAGGCUCGAGAGCGAACUCGCAGCGUAUGGGAUUAUUUCCUUGCCCGUCGGGACCAGUUCACUAACCCGCAAUACGAUCCCGAGGUGGACGAUCACAAGCGCGGGAAGGAGCGGUUGAUUUUCCCCAAAGCCAGUGAGACUCGAUGGUGGAACGAAGCAUUUGGUCGAGCCGACUCGGAGAUGAAUGGGCCUCGACCGUCAGAAUCCUCGCCAGCAUCAGGGCGUGAGAGUCCCGGUGAAAAUCGUGCGCCUAUUGUGACAGGAGUGGAGACUGCACAGCAGUCCUUCAUGCCCAGUGCAGCAGCAUCUGGAAUCGCGGCUGUGACUUCUGGGAUCUCCAAUCUUGCUGUCCUGAAAAACGAGACCCCUGAAAAGGAAGCGAGCAAAGCCAAGCCGAUGGAGUCCCCACCACUAAGCCCCGAAAUCUUUAACGACCAUCACGACCUCGACCUCGCCCUCCCCCGUCGACCCCCUCCAAUUCCAACAACCAGGAACGCAAAAAUGGCCGCUGUUCAGGGUGCUAUCUCCAAGCGUCGCAAGUUCGUCGCCGACGGUGUCUUCUAUGCUGAGUUGAACGAGUUCUUCCAGCGCGAGCUGGCUGAGGAGGGAUACUCCGGCGUCGAAGUCCGUGUCACUCCCACCGUCACCGACAUCAUUGUCCGUGCCACCCACACCCAGGAGGUUCUUGGUGAGCAGGGUCGCCGCAUCCGCGAGCUCACCUCCCUCAUCCAGAAGCGUUUCAAGUUCCCCGAGAACUCCGUCUCCCUCUACGCCGCUAAGGUCCAGAACCGUGGUCUCUCCGCUGUCGCUCAGUGCGAGUCCCUCCGUUACAAGCUCCUCAACGGUCUGGCCGUCCGCCGUGCCUGCUACGGUGUCCUCCGCUUCAUCAUGGAGAGCGGUGCUAAGGGUUGCGAGGUUGUUGUGUCCGGAAAGCUCCGUGCUGCCCGUGCCAAGUCUAUGAAGUUCACUGACGGUUUCAUGAUCCACUCCGGUCAGCCCGCCAAGGAGUUCAUCGACUCUGCCACUCGCCACGUUCUCCUCCGCCAGGGUGUCCUCGGUAUCAAGGUCAAGAUCAUGCGUGGUUCCGACCCCGAGGGCAAGGCCGGCCCCCAGAAGACCCUCCCCGACUCGGUCACCAUCAUCGAGCCCAAGGAGGAGCAGCCCGUUCUCCAGCCCAUGUCUCAGGACUACGGCGCCAAGGCCCUUGCCGCCCAGCAGGCCGCUGAGCAGCAGCGUCUGGCUGAGCAACAGGCCGCCGAGGCCGAGGGUACCACCGAGGGUUACGCUCAGGAGUAA